AUGACGAAAGCUACCGGACGGGAGGAGGAAGCUCCUCUCCUGCGAAAGCGCGGUGCCGACGACCAGCACGCCCCUCCAAAGCGGCCCAAGCUCGAAGCUAAGACCGACGUUACAAGAUGGAGGUUGAAGGACGACGACAGCCGCCAUACCUGGCAUUACCUGGAGGACGAGAAAGCUGCCAGCGAAUGGCCCCAGAGCUACGCUGAGAAGUACUACCUCAAUCUGCCUUUGGGCCUCCCUGAUCUUCCCACAGCCGCUACGCCCAAAGAAUCUGCAGAGAACGGCCUCACAUUCUUCGAGAAGCUCCAGCUUCCAUCCGGCCACUGGGGCUGUGAAUAUGGCGGCCCGAUGUUUUUGCUGCCAGGCAUUGUCAUCGCCUGGUACGUCACCAAGACGCCAAUUCCAUCCGCGUACGCGACCGAGAUCAAGAACUACCUUACUGCACGAGCGCACCCCGAUGACGGUGGAUGGGGUCUACAUAUUGAGGGAGAGAGCACCGUCUUCGGUACGACUCUGAACUAUAUCGUCCUCCGACUUGUUGGUGUCGACCCUGAGGACCCUGUGAUGGUCAAGGCCCGAGGAACCCUACACAAGCUUGGGGGAGCUGUCUACGGACCACACUGGGCGAAGUUCUGGAUGGCAGUACUGGGAGUCGUCCCCUGGGAUAUCGUCAAUCCUGUACCCCCUGAGAUCUGGCUCCUCCCGGACUGGGUGCCCAUUGCUCCCUGGAGAUGGUGGAUUCACAUCCGGCAGGUUUUCCUGCCGAUGGGUUACAUCUAUUCGAAAAAAUGGAGCUGCGAGGAGGACGAUGUGAUUCGUGGCUUGAAGGAGGAGCUCUUUGUCCAACCACAUGCUGAAAUUAAUUGGGCAAGUCACAGAAACAGCAUUGCGCCCGGUGACAAUUACCACCCAAAAUCCUGGCUCCUGAACUCGGUAAAUUGGCUACUGGUUAAUAUCUGGAAUCCAUAUCUACGAACGAAAUUCAUCAAAGACAAGGCCGAGGCCUGGGUCAGCGAACUCGUUGACAUGGAGGAUGCGAAUACCGGUUAUGCAGAUCUGGCCCCAGUCAAUGCCCCAAUGAACACAGUAGUAUGCUACAUCCGUGACGGGCCUGACGCAUUUACCGUGAAGCGCCAUAUCGAGCGUUUCCCAGAAUACCUCUGGAUGAAGGACGAGGGAAUGCUCUGUAACGGGACGAAUGGCGUCCAAUGCUGGGACACGGCGUUCUUGAUUCAGGCCGUCUUCGAGGGAGGCUUCCAAAAUGACGAAAGAUACCGUCCCAUGCUCCUCAAGGCCCUUCAUUACUUAGAGAGACAGCAGAUCCGCGAAGAUUGCGUGGACACUGAGAAGUGCUACCGACAGCAAAGAAAGGGCGGUUGGCCUUUCAGCAACAAAGACCAGGGCUAUGGUGUUAGUGACUGUAUCUCCGAGGCCUUGAAAGGCAUCAUUCUUCUCCAGAAGGUGGGCGGGUUCCCAGAGGUACUGGAGGAUCAGCGUAUCUACGAUGCCAUCGAUACACUGCUAUUAUACCAGAACCAGGAUACCUUUGGGCUAUCUUCCUAUGAGCGUCGCCGUGGAGGCACUUAUAUGGAGAUGCUAAACGCUGCCGAAGUGUUUGGUAACAUCAUGGUCGAGUACGACUACCCUGAGUGCACUACGGCGUGCGUGACAGCGCUCUCUCUCUUUCACAAGCACUGGCCAGACUAUCGUGGCGAUGAGAUUGAGAAGUUCAUCAAGCGAGCAACAGACUGGGUCAAAUCGAACCAGCGUCCUGACGGCUCUUGGUACGGCAGCUGGGGCAUUUGCUUCACGUAUGCAACCAUGUUCGCCUUGGAGAGUCUUGCGAGCGUCGGGGAGACCCAUGAAAACAGCAUUUUGUCGAAGAAUGGUUGCGAGUUCCUGCUAUCCAAGCAGCGAGAAGAUGGAGGGUGGUCAGAAAGCUACAAGGCUUGCGAGACCAUGAAAUGGCAUGAGCAUCCUUCCGGGUCCCAAGUGGUCAUGACAGCUUGGGCUUUGAUCGGCCUGAUGGAAGCUGAAUAUCCGCACGUGGAGCCUCUCAAGAAGGGCAUCAAACUCAUCAUGGAUCGUCAACAGUCUAAUGGCGAGUGGAAACAAGAAGCAAUUGAAGGCGUGUUCAAUAAGUCCUGCAUGAUCUCAUACCCGAACUAUAAAUUCACAUUCACCAUUAAGGCCUUGGGUAUGUUUGCGAAAAGAUACCCGAACGUCAAAAUUGAAUAG